GCAGCUUGCUAAACACCUAGAAAGGAGAGUGGCUGAGGUGCCUGCAGGCUGCUUUUCCCUCAGUGCUCACCUCUCUUCCCCUCUCCCUUGCUUCUCCAGGUCACUGGUCUCAACUCGACCCUUCACCCCAACACCAUGGCCCUGGCCCACAGCCCCCGAGGGGCAUUGCUCUGGGUUUUGAGUGACCUUGAGGAGAAAAGCUUCAAGCUAUUCAAGUUCCACUUACAGGACAGAAGCCUGCUUGAGAGGCAGCCGCAGAUGGCUCGGGGGGAGCUGGAGGACCUGAGCCGGGUGGACCUGGCUUCUUUGCUGAUUUCCCUGUAUGGAGCACAGGAGGCCGCAAAGGUGGUGCUCAGGAUCCUGAAGGUCAUGAACCUGUUGGAACUAGUGGACCAGCUCAGCCACAUCUGUCUGAAUGAUUACAGAGAAAUAUACCGAGAGCAUGUGCGCGGCCUGGAGGAGAGGCAAGAGGGGGGACCCUGCGGCAGCCACAGCCAGCUGCUCCUCGUGGUCAGGCCUAGCCCGGAGAGCCCAGAAUCGUCUGCCCUCCCCGUUCUGGAGGAAGAGCUGGACUCUGUGUCGCUGCAGGCUCUGUUUGAUCCAGGAGAAAGGCCUUACCAAGGCCCACCCACAGUGGUACUACAGGGGUCUGCUGGCACUGGAAAGACAACACUGGCCAGAAAAAUGGUGCUGGACUGGGCCACUGGCACCCUUUACCAAGGCCGGUUUGAUUAUGUCUUUUAUGUCAGCUGCAGAGAAGUGGUCCUGUUGCAGGAGGGCAGACUGCACCAGCUCCUCUUCCGGUGUUGUGGGGACAACCAGGCACCUGUGGACGAGAUGUUGAGGGAGCCAGAGCGUCUGCUGUUCAUCCUGGACGGCUUUGAUGAGCUGCAGAGGCCCUUUGCAAAGGGCUUGAAGAGGCUGAGUCCGAGCUCUAUGGGGGAAAUCCUGCACCCUCUAAUUAGGAGAGAGGCACUUUCCACAUCUUCACUUCUUAUCACCACCCGGCCCCUGGCUUCGAAUCUGAAGCCCUUGCUGAAACAGUCGCAUCAUAUUCACAUCCUAGGCUUUUCUGAGGAUGAGAGGAGGAGGUAUUUCAGCUCCUAUUUCACGGAUGAGGAGCAAGCCAGAAAUGCCUUUGACAUUGUACAAGGGAAUGAUGCUCUCUACAAAUCAUGUCAGAUUCCAGGCAUCUGUUGGGUGGUCUGCUCCUGGUUGAAGGGGCAGAUGGAGAAGGGCAGGGAGAUCUCAGAGACUCCCAGUAAUGACACAGACAUCUUCAUGGCCUAUGUCUCUACCUUCCUGCCGCCCAGUGACAACGGAGGCGGCUCUGAGCUUACCCAGCACAGGGUCCUGAGGGGUCUGUGCUCCUUAGCAGCUGAGGGGAUCCAGCACCAGAGGUUCAUGUUUGAAGAAGCUGACCUCAGGAAGCACAAUUUAGAUGGGACCAGGCUUGCUGCUUUCCUGAGCAGCAUGGAUUACCAAGAGGGAUUUGACAUCAAGAAGUUCUAUACCUUCCGCCAUAUUAGCUUCCAGGAAUUUUUUUAUGCCAUGUCCUACCUGGUGAAAGAGGACCAGAGUCAGCUGGGGAAAGAGUCCCACAGAAAAGUAAACAGCCUUCUGGAUGAAGAGGGGCAGGCAGGGAACGAGGAGAUGACCCUCAGUACACGGUUUUUAUUGGACAUAUCGAGAAAAGAGACCUCCUCGAACUUUGAGCUAAAGUUCUCCCUCAAAAUUUCUCCCUUGGUACAGCAGGAUCUGAAGCAUUUUAAAGAAAAAAUGGAAUCUAUAAAAUGUAACAGGGCCUGGGAUUUGGAAUUAUCUCUGUAUAAGUCUAAAAUAAAGAAUCUGGUAAAGGGCGUUCAGAUGAGCGAUGUAUCGUUUAAGAUGGAACAUUCAAAUAAGAAAUCCCAUGGCAAGAACUCAUUUUCUGUCAAAACCAGCUUGAGCAAAGGAUGGAAAGAAAAGCAAAAAUGUCCUUGUGACAAUAAUAUAGCAAAGGCUCAAGAGAAGUCUUCUAAUGGAAAAGGCAGAGAGGCAGAGGAAUGAACGACGUGGAGGGUAGGAGCAGCAUUUAUCUGGGAAGCAGAUAGAACUGAAGGAUUGGGAAGGUGGUGGGGGUAGGGACCGGAGGAUAGGGGAAGACAGGGUGUAAAAAGGAAUGGACAGAUGAGAGAUUACACUAAUGGGUACUAGGAGUGGAAAAGCAGAGGAACAAAUCAAAAAUAACCAUGGAUAAUAGGGGAUCAGAAAACUUGGAACAUAAGAUGUGGGGAAAGUCCAUGUGGAAUGAGUUCCCAGGAACAACCACAUUUACCAUCAAUGGCUCAAAAUCAGUUAUUUAAAAUCCCCUCCUCCUAGAGGCUGUUUAUAACCUCCUAUACCGUAGAGUUUCAGUAACCCCUCUUAUGUGUCAAUGUCAGUCACCAAACACGUGAUUUGACUCUUUGUAUAAAAUAAACUUCUAAAUAUAAUAAA